AUGGCUUCUGCCUGGGAGAGGAAGCAUCACCACUCAGACCUGGAGAAAGUAGCGGCUUUCCUCCCCAAUCUCCUUGCUGAGGACUCCCUCAAGAGAGACAUCCUCAUUCAGACUGUCCACGGAGUGCUGCUCUUUGCGGAUAUUUCAGGUUUUACUGCUUUGACAGAGAAAUUCAUCCAGAGGAGUGGCACAGACAGAGGCACUGAUGAGCUGGCGCAAACCCUCAAUUGCUACCUGGGUGACAUUUUGGAGGAGAUGCUGAUUUUUGGAGGAGACAUCUUGAAGUUUGCUGGGGAUGCUGUGCUGGUGCUGUGGAGAACAUCACCCCAGGAGCUGGCUAAGACCAUUAGCCUGGUGCUGCAAUGUAGCCGGCAGAUCCAGAAGAAGUAUGGGAGUCAUGACACGCACGUGGGUCAGAAGGUCCAACUGAAGAUAGGGAUCUCUGCAGGGUCCAUGAGCCUCCUGAUUGUCGGAGACCGGAGGCGGCGGUACUUCUGUAUCUGUGGCCAGGCCCUGGCUGAAGUUUGUGAGGCCGAACAGCUUGCAAAUGCAGGUGAAGUUAUCCUCUCGGCCACCUCCUGGGAGCUCUGUGAGCAGCACCGGCUCAGGACCAAGGGUCUUGCAGGCAAAAGAGCUGUGAAGGUUAUGGGCAUGGAUCGGAUGUCUUGGGCAGAAUGCCAAGAGGCUUUACGCAACCUUGUACAAUACCCAAGGAGCCACCGCUUGGAAGGGGAAGGUGCCAUGAGGCCUGCUCUUCUCUUGCCCAAUGAUCCUAAUGCAGAGGAGGUGCUUCGGAAGUACAUACCAGAAGCUGCUCUCAGGAAGCUUGAUGACAGAGUGCCGCUGGACCUCUUCUCUGAGCUACGGCCAGUCACCACCCUCUUUGUCCAACUGCAGUUUGCUGCAGAUAUCAGCACAGUGGGUCUCGGCACGAUCCUCCACAAUGCCAGCAGGAUGAUGGUAGAAAUCCUCUGUCCUCACAAGGGCGAAAUCAACAAAGUCCUCCUGUUUGAUAAAGGCUGCACGUUCCUCUGUGUGUUUGGACUCACUGGAGAAAAGCUGCCCUACGAGAGCCUUCACGCCUUGCAGAGUGCUAUUCAGAUCUUCAACUCAUGCUCCACGAUGCUCGGGGAAAUCGAGGCAGUGUCUGUUGCAGUUACCGGCGGGACGGUGUUCUGCGGAGUCACUGGCCACCCUGAGAGGCAUGAACACACAGUCAUUGGCCAGAAGGUGAAUUUGGCAGCCCGGAUGAUGGUGCACUACCCUGGGCUGGUGUCCUGUGAUGCAGCGACCUACGCCGCCUCUCGGCUGCCCCCUUACUACUUCAAGGAGCUGCCGGAGAGAAAGAUGAAAGGCCUUAGCCAUCCUGGCACCAUCUAUCAAUAUGUGGGGAUCACCAAGAGGAGCACAUUUGGCAUGGGUCUUACCAAGAAGAGGUCGGAGUACGUCCCCUUGCUGGGUCGGGAGAAGGAGAUUGACCUCUUUGUCAGGUGCUUGAAAGCCUAUGAGGAUUUUGGACAAAGGCACAUCCUGGCAUUUGAGGGCACGAUGGGCUCCGGAAAGAGCCACUUACUUACUGAACUGGCCUAUUUAGGCCAGGUGGCUGGCCACAGGGUCGUUGCCAUGGAACUGCUAGAGCUCAACGUGAGGCAGUCCUUCUCUGCCAUCCGUACACUGAUGGCCAGGGCCCUGGGCCUCCAGGACUGUGAACCGUGCAGUGCCAGGCAGCACAUGCUGCAGACAAAGCUCCGAGGGACAAUUGAGGAGAGCAGCUAUUGCCUGCUCAAUGACAUUUUCCUUGUCGAGUUUCCCAUUUCGGACAAGGUUCGCGAGAUGCGUGAAACUCAAAGAAAAAUGGAAUUGCACUCGACUUGGGCGAAAGUGCUAGAGAAGGUCAUUGGAGGAGAAUUUGGCAUAUUUGUCAUCGACAAUGCCCAUUUCAUCGACCCUGCCUCCUGGAGUAUCAUGUCACCCGUGCUCCGAAACGUCUCCCUCUUCAUGGUCGUGAGCUUAGCUCCGGGCUACGCGAGAACAGAGAGCUUUUGCAAAGCCGCAGCAGACAACACAACGUCUCCAAAAAUCACCUAUCUUCAUCUGGACGAGCUGAAACCUUCAGCUGUGGUGCAGAAAGUCUGCCAGGAGCUUGGAGUGGUCAGCAUCCCCAGGGAUCUGGCAAGGUUCCUGAUCCAAAGAAGCUCGGGGAACCCGUAUUACUGCGAGGAGCUGCUGCGCUGCCUUCGUUGCAAUGCCAUGCUCUUGUUCCGCACCCGGAGGCAGGGUGAAAAAGCAGAGGACAGCUGGGAGAGCCUGAUCAUCGAGGCUUCACCUCUCGCAGCAACAUUGAGCUCCAGCGUGAGGAACGAUGGCAGCGUCUGCACCAUCAGACCAGACGUGAACCUGGAGAACAUGGUGCUGCCCGCCACCUUGAAAGAGAUUGUGCUGGCUCAGCUGGACCGGAUAAAGCCGCUGAAGCAGAUGGUUUUGAAGUUUGCCGCUGUCAUCGGGCCGGUGUUUACCACCCAGCUGCUGUCACACAUCCUUCCCGCUGGCGUCAGGCACAAGAUGAAUUGCUUGUUGGACAUGCUGGUGAGCGACAACAUCCUUAAGUGGCUGAAAAACACAGAGGUGCCAGAAGAUGUCCAAGAUCCCACCAAGGGGCCAGCCACCUCUCCGCAGGCAGAGAGAAGUGUGGAGAGGCCCUCUCCGAGCAAGAAGACCGUGGAGCGGCAGCCUGGUGUCCUGGCCUUCUGUGUCCCGCUGCUGCGGGAGGCUGCCUACGAGCUGUGGCCCGAGAGACAGCGGGUCGCCUUGCACCACAAAUGUGCCGCCUUCCUGGAGCAGCACGCGCACAAAUGCGAGAGCUGCUGCCAAGGGGACUUUGUUGCCUUCCACCACUUUGCCGUCACCAGCACCCAGGACGGACGGAGCUGUCAGGGCCCUGCGGACCCGGGUGACUCACGCAGCUGGGAGGCCUUGGUGCUUGCAGGAGAACAGCUGAAGAGGGAUAGGACCCACGCCACUGAGGGGCGGUUUCUGGCAAAGAGCAAGCAGACAACUGAGCUGCCCAGCAAGACCGACGGGAAGCACAACAGCGCAUGCUCAUGUGAAUGCAAAGUCAUCGUGGAAUCGGUGCUUGUGCCUUUGGCUCGCCACUACAUGGCAAUGGGCGAUGCUGCCAGAGCCUUUUACUACCUUCUGGAGUGUGUGGCUGCCUACCUGCAUGCCUCCAACAGCUACAUGGCCCUCAUGAAGCUGAACGAAGCGGAAGUCCUGAGGAACUCGGUAGAGAAGAAAGCGAAUGGGAUAGCCCGCUUUGAAGAGGCCAUCUUCUUCAGCCUCAAAGGGGAGGUCUGCUGUCUUAUGGGACGCAUGAAGCUGGCAAAGAAAAUGAUCAGGGAGGCUUUGAGCCUGCUCAAAAGGCAAUUCCCCAAGACCUCCGUUGGAGCCUUUGUCAAGUCUCAGGUGGAACAGUUGCCGUGUGCUGCUUAUGUGUCCAGAAGAGCAUCCUCCCUUCCGCAGGAGGCCCGGAGGAAGAGGCUAGCCUGGCUGCUGCGGCAGAGCUGCUGCCUUUCCUUACUGGAGCACGUCUUCAGCCUGGAGGGCACUUCCAGCGGACAAAUGUUCUCCCGCCUGGCAGCGCGCAUGAAGGCCAACACGGACAGGGCAGCGGACUCCUAUCAGGCAGCAGACUCCCGCCACAGAUAG